AUGCCUGUCGUCAAAGGAGGUGUUUGGACCAAUAUCGAGGACGAGGUCCUCCGGGCGGCCGUCUCGAAAUAUGGUCUCAACCAGUGGGCCCGCGUAUCGUCUCUCCUCGCCCGCAAGACCCCGAAGCAGUGCAAGGCACGUUGGAUCGAAUGGCUGGACCCUGGUAUUCGCAAAGUGGAGUGGUCGCGAGAGGAGGAUGAGAAGCUUCUACACCUAGCAAAGUUGAUGCCAACGCAAUGGCGAACCAUUGCCCCCAUCGUCGGACGUACCGCAACACAAUGCCUCGAGCGAUACCAGAAGCUUUUGGACGAAGCCGAAGCUCGCGAGAAUGAUGAGCUCGGUUUGGGAGGCCCGGAAGGUGGUGAGACGGCUGCGCCCAGUGCGGACGAUGUCCGUCGUCUCCGCCCUGGAGAAUUGGACCCCGACCCCGAGUCUAAGCCCGCACGUCCCGACACGAUCGACUUGGAUGAAGAUGAGAAGGAGAUGCUGAGCGAGGCUCGUGCCCGUCUCGCCAACACGCAGGGUAAAAAGGCCAAGCGCAAGGCCCGAGAACGCCAAUUAGAGGAAUCGCGUCGAUUAGCAGUACUACAGAAACGCCGUGAGCUGAAGCAUGCCGGCAUCAAUGUCAAGGUGGUUACUCGGAAGCCCGGCGAGAUGGACUAUAACGCGGACAUUCCUUUCGAGAAGCCAGCUGCUCCUGGAUUUUACGAUACGACUGAAGAACAAACCCGGAAUGAGCGCCAACGGGAAAUGUUCGAUCCCCGCAAGCAACAGCUGGCCAACAAGCGAAAGGGCGACCAAGACGAAGAUGCCGAACGCAAGAAGCGCAAGAAUGAUAAGAACAGCAACUCGGCUGCUUUCGCUGCUGCUGCACGUGCCGGUCAGAUGCAGAAGAUUCGCGAAGCAGAGCAGAGCAGCAAGCGUCGGGGUCUGGUUCUGCCUGCACCGCAGGUCAGCGAGGGUGAGAUGGAGGAUAUUAUUAAGAUGGGGAUGGCCGGAGACAAGGCCAGCCGGAUGAGUGCCGAUGAAGAAACGACUCGAGGUCUUAUUGGAAAUUACGGUGCGAUUGUUGGAGGAACUCCUAUCCGCACACCCCGUGCUGCACCAGAGGAGGACCAUAUCGCAAAUGAAAUUAGAAACAUUCGCGCCCUUACUGAGACGCAGUCUUCUCUCCUUGGAGGGGAGAACACACCUCUUCACGAAGGCAGUUCAUCAACAGGCUUUGAAGGUAUUGCCCCUCGACGACAAGAUAUCGUUACGCCCAACCCUAUGGCUACACCCUUCCGACAGGCCAAUGGUUUGGGAGCGACCCCCAUGGCUGGAGGAGUUGGCCCCGGGGCAACUCCUUUGCGCACUCCCCGCGAUCACUUUGCCUUGAAUCGUGAAGGUGAGGGUGCUCAGCUUGUUGGUAGCACUCCCCGAGAUAUCAAGAUGCACGAGAAUUUCAUUCGCCAGUCCAUCCGCAGCAAGCUUGCUGCACUUCCCAAGCCCAAAGAGACUGAGUGGGAGCUGGAAGAGCUCCCAUCCGAAACUGCCGAACCUUCUACUUCUGUGGAAAUGACAGAGGAGGAUGCGGCUGAACGUGAUCGCCGCGAGAAAGAGGCGAGGGAGCAGGCUGCGCAAGCGGAGUUCAAGCGCCAGUCCCAGGUAUAUCAGCGCAGUCUCCCUCGGCCGGUUGUACUUGACCUUGAUGCCUUGGUGCAGCGUGCCUCUCAUGUCACAGAUCCUAUUGAAGGGUUGAUUGCUAGAGAAGCUGCAGUCAUUAUUGCACACGACUCACGCAAGUACCCUGUGCCCGGUGCUAAGGUCGAAGGCAAGGCACCAAAGCUAGACCGCCUGGACGAUCAAUAUUUGGAAGCCGCGCGUGCUGCCAUUGCGGCCGAGAUUGCUUCGGCAGAGGCACAGCAGCAACAACAAGACUGGCAAGAAAAGUUUGACGACGUCUGGUCUUCCACCCGGUCUAAAGCUAUCCCGGGCCUAGACCAAUACAAAGAUGAGGAGGAAACGGAUGACUUCCAAGAGGAACAGCGCAUGAUCGCAGCAUUUGACGGCGUGCAAGCGUCUCUCCUCGCCACCGCAGAGAAGGGCAAUAAGCUGGAGAAGAAGCUGGCAUUGCAUUACGGCGGUUACCAAAACCGCGCCAAGAUGCUACGAACGAAGAUUGUGGAGGCCGGCGCUGCUUUGCCCAAGGCACAAGAUGAUCUCGACUCGUUCCGCAGCUUGCAGAUCUCCGAAGAAGCUACCGUCUCUCGGCGACUGGAGCGCCUACGGGAGGAGGUGUCCUUCAUGAUGCGCCGUGAGCGUGAGGCACAGGAACUGUACAAGAGCCGAAAGGACGAGCUGGAUGAGCUUCUGGCCGGUACAGCCACGAUCAAUGGUUGGCAUUGA